AUGGCGACGGGCGCUGACUUUCCUCUCUUGAGGAUCACCUUCUUCGGGGGAGGAGGCAGCGGGAAGACCUCCAUCAUUAACGCCUUCGUCAAUAACAACUGCCAACCAAACACUACAUUCACAACAGAGUGGCCGGCCCUCUACUACAGAGUGUGUCGCAUUCCAGAGGAAGAAAAUGGGUCCGCGGACUCACCGCUGCGCUCGGUGUGCAUCGAGCUGGAGGACACCUACGACGUCGGACGAACAGAUGAAGGCCGCGACAUUCGAAAAUUCAUGACCAUGAAGCGGAGAGUCAUGACAGUCAAGGAAGGCGUGACGGACUUCACCCCGUUCAGCCUCUGGAAGGCCCCCGAAGUCCCCGUGACCUUUCGCGAGCCCUACCGCCCCAUCACAAACGGGCGAAUGGGCAUGGUAAUCGUCUUUGAUGUGAACCGAAAGGCGACGCUUCAUAAGGCCAUGGAGAUUUACGAUCUCAUUGAGAGCGUUCACGACUACAAGCGCGAGAGUCUGCGCCCGAUCGUCUACCUUGUCGGGAACAAAUACGACGUGGAUCCGACCUCAGAGAGAGUUCAGGCAAUCAUCGGCGAGGCGGAGAUAUUCGCACAGACAAAGUUUAUCCGCUUCUGGAAGGUCUCCGCGGUUGAUGGCAAAAAUGUUGAAAAGAUGUUCCUGGAGAUGGUCUACCGCAUUUUGGGAUGCGUCAUGCUGUGGGAUAUUGAAUACGAAGAGGGAGUGAAUCCGAUGGAGAAGGGUUUGUGA